AUGUUAUCAGCGAUUCGAGACACGGAUUAUUUACAAUUACCUAAUGAAGAACAACCAACGUCCAUCACAGUAUUUGAUAUUUUCGUCGUCGCAUACGCGUCUGAAAACGCGUUUUAUGCUGCGUUUAAUCCCUCCGAAAAUGCACCAUUUGCUAGCGUUUUAUCAGAGGGAGACGCGUUAAACGCAUUUUUACCAGACGCGUCUGAGUACACCGAAAUUGUCCCAUUCACUAGCGUUUAA